CUCAUCCUUUCUCCGCCGUCCGCCUUGCUCUUCCAAAUCCUUUGCUGUUCACACCAUGGCGUUGCUUCUCAAGGCCUCCGCCGCUCUCGCUCUUGUUUCCGCCUCCUCCGAGGCCUCGCAGCCGCCUUCUCCCGCCGUCCGCCCUUCCUUGUCUUCUUCUUUCGCUCCUUUUAGAUCUCCGAGGCGAAUGAACCGGCGCGUCUCAACGGCUGUCGCCGCCGGUUCUAACCAUGUCAUCACGGGAGUCGUGUUCCAGCCUUUCGAGGAGAUCAAGAGCGAUGUCUCUCUCGUGCCGGUGGCCCCCGACUCGUCCAUCGCUCGUCAGAAGUACGCCGAUGAGUGCGAGGCUGCCAUUAAUGUACAGAUCAAUGUCGAAUACACUAAUUCGUACAUUUAUCAUGCCCUCUUCGCUUACUUCGAUCGCGACAAUGUGGCGCUGAAGGGCUUCGCCAAGUUCUUUAAGGAGUCGAGCCAAGAGGAACGGGACCAUGCAGAGAAAUUGAUGGAGUACCAAAACAAGCGCGGAGGAAGAGUGAAUCUUCAAUCCAUUGCUACGCCAUUGUCCGAGUUUAAUCACGCCGAGAAGGGUGAUGCACUGUACGCAAUGGAAUUAGCCUUGUGUCUUGAGAAGCUGACAAACGAGAAAUUACUCGGAUUACAUGAUGUGGCCGAAAAAUGCAACGAUGCUCAGAUGGCAGAUUUUAUCGAGAGCGAAUUCCUUGAAGAACAGGUGGAAGCCAUCAAAAAGAUAUCUGAAUAUGUUGCUCAACUGAGAAGAGUGGGGAAGGGACAUGGGGUUUGGCACUUUGAUCGGAUGCUGCUCGAUGAAGGAAAGUUGCAUCAGGCAUAGGAAUCAUGUGGCUUUGUCUUGGUGUGCAGGAUGUCUUAGAUGAGGUCUCUUUACAUGAAGCUUUGGUUUGGCAUUUGUAUUGGUGUUUCUUCAGUAAUAGACUUUUGAGAAUUAGAGACGUGUGUGACAUGGUCCCCUGCUAAAUUUGUUUUUUAUGUAAGUCUAGACCGUAUAAUAAAUGUUGCCGAGCUUAAUACGAA